AUGGCACCCGCAAGAUACGCCGCCGAGGCCGUGGACCCCAAACCCCUCGCCGAACCCCUCACAUUCGCCUUCUCCGGCAAAGUCGCAAAGAACCGCUUUCUCAAGGGCGCAAUGACGGAGCGCCUCUCCACCUGGGACCCCAAGACCCCGACGAACCGCGGCAUCCCCACGCCCGAGCUCAUCAACCUCUAUCGCCGCUGGGGCGAGGGCGAUUUUGGCGUCCUACUCUCCGGCAACGUCAUGCUCGACUACGACCAGCUUGAAGCUGCGGGCAAUCCGAUCAUCCCGCUCGACGCAACCUUCGAGGGCGAGCGCUUCGAAGGCUUCCGCAAGCUUGCCGAGGGGGCCAAGGCGCACGGCAGUCUGUUGCACGCGCAGCUUAGUCACCCGGGAAGACAGGUCGAGCAGAAGAUCAACCCGCACCCCAUCUCGGCGAGCGACGUGCAGCUGGAGGGGGACGUCAUGGGCAUGAGAUUCGCGAAGCCGAGAGCGAUGGAGAAGGAGGAUUUUGAAAAGGUGAUUGGUGGGUUUGCGCAUGCGGCCGAGUACGUCUACAAGGCUGGCUUUGACGGAGUCGAGCUCCACGGCGCACACGGCUACCUCCUCGCGCAAUUCCUCUCCCCGACGACAAACAAGCGCACCGACCAGUACGGCGGCUCCCUCACCAACCGCGCGCGCAUCAUCCUCGAGAUCGCCGACGCCAUCCGCGCCCGCGUCCCCGACCCGUCCUUCAGCAUCGGCAUCAAGGUCAACAGCGUCGAGUUCCAAGACGAGGGGUUCUCCACCGAAGACUGCCGCGACCUCUGCUCCGCGCUCGAGGCCGCAUCCUUCGACUUUGUCGAGUUGUCCGGCGGAACGUACCAGUCCCUCGCGUUCGAGCACAAGCGCGAGUCCACGAAGAAGCGCGAGGCGUUUUUCUUGGAUUUCGCCGAGAAGAUUAUCCCGCAGCUUACCAAGACCAAGGCGUACGUUACCGGCGGGCUGAGGACUGUGCCUGCCAUGGUCGAAGCUCUCAAGACGGUGCACGGCAUCGGGCUGGCGAGGCCCGCGUGUAACGAGGUUGAUCUGCCGCGCAAGAUUAUCGCGGGCGAGGCGUCGGCUGCGAUUGAGACGUUGUUGGGGGAGCAGGACUUCGGGCUGACGAAUAUGUUGGCCGACGUGAGCAAGGAGGAGUACAAGGAUGUGUUUAUGAAGUCGCUGGGCAAGUGGGCGGAGGCGAUGGGGAAGAAUGAGGAUGGGAGCAAGUUUGGGUAUAUUGAUAUCGAGGGGUUGGAUUUGCACCCCUUUGGAAAGCCGUAUAACGACAUCAAAAGUAUUCGAACUUACGAUUGUGAGAUCGAACCAUCCCUCCGCAUCCGACGCGCCAUCACGGCAAACGACCCCCUCCUCGUCAAACGAAUCCUCAAAUCCCACCCCCGCCUCCUCCACAACCCAGACCCCUCCCCCGAAGCCCUCUCCAACUCGAACCUCCACCUCGCCGCCUCCCUAGGCCACCUCCCCAUCGCCAAAGCCCUCGUCGACCACGGCCACGAACACCCAGACCCGGCCCUCAACGAGCACCACCAGACAGCCCUAAUGCUCGCCGCCGCCGCGGGCCACACCGAGGUCGUCCACUUCCUCUGCGAGCGAACCCCGCACGUCAUCCUCCGGCGCGACAUACGCUGGCGCGACGCCAUCAUGGAAGCGAGCCGCGGCGGGCACGAUACCGUGCUGCAGAUCCUGCUGACGUACGUCCCCGAGGGCGCGCGCGCCGCUGUGCAGAGGGCGGAUUUGGACGGCAACACGGCGCUGCAUUUCGCAAGCAGUAAUGGCAAUUUGCUCGUGCUGAGGACGCUGCUUGCUGCUGGCGCCGACGCCGAGAGGAGGAAUGUGUGGAGCUGGACGGCCAUGUCGUAUAGCGCGACCGUGCAGGCCGAGGUGUACCUCAAGGGGCUCGUGACGGAGGUGGAGCGGCGCAAGAUGGUGAGGCAGGAGGUUGAGCAGCUCAAGAACUCUGUCAAGGGGGCGGCUAGCAUCAAGGGCGGCGCCGUGCGGGUUGUUGAGGAGGAUGUCGAGGUCGAGGACUGA